GUCAUUGUAGUUUGCGAGGUAUUUUUAUUCUUGUUGGAAACUAUCUCGACAUGGAGAAGCAUUCGUAAAAAGACCAACAAAUCGAGAAUAAAACUGAGCGCUUGGCAAAUUUGGAAGAAAGUUUCCAUCCUGAAAAAGUGCUUUAUCUCCUGCAACUUGGUGAUGAUGUGUGACUGCAUAUUUUUCCUGCUUCAACAAAUUGUGCCGUUGACAUACACCAACCGUUUAUGCACUACAGCACUGCGGAUACUUGGUCCAACUCUGUUCCCGUGUUGUUUAGCAUUCGUUUACGUAUUCCUUAUGGUGAGACAGCAUCGUCUGCAAAGUAAGGCAGUUCUUAAGAGUCUUUUACCAACAUGGCUUAAAAAGUUACAUACGGUUGCAUUUUUGGUGACCUUUCUAACCGUGACAUACCCCGUGUUUUUUGCUUGGAUUCCCAUAUACUCCGGUGAGGCGAUUCCGAUGGCUUACUAUGACAACGGCUCCUGCUAUCAAACACCAACUGCAAAGAAUCCUGCCUUCCCCUUCUUUCCAACAGUGAUACCUGUCAUAUACAUUUAUCUCUUUUACAAAAUUUUAAGAGUACACGGAAAGAACACAGAAAAUUUGUCGGUUUCUAACAAAAGAAUGGAUAAUACGUUACGUCGGUGCCUCGUUUUCUCAUCCAUUUGCAUUACAACUGACUUAAUAUGUUCGAUGGGCAUGGUUUACGCCACCAAUGUAGUACCUAUGGAAAUCCCUUUACUAUUUGCUCGCAUCGAUAGUUUUCUCAACCUGGUGUGUCUUCUCUUCUGCUUUAAAUCAACCUCCUUACAUUACCUGGCCUCCUGCAUGGCACGAGCAACGCAAUCUAAUACAAAAGUACAACAAAUUCGCAUCGAAAACAGUCGAGCAGUUUCCACAAUCACCAAAAGAAAUACUACAGAAGAUAUCUAGUGUUAUUAGGAUUUAAAACCCACGUUUAAUAUUUAGUUGUUAUUCUAUAUAAUAGGGUGGGGGAAGAUGGGACACCUUUAGCACAU